AUGGUUCAAUCCCAACCUACUCCCAACAACCACUUCAAUGAAACACAGGUGUCAGAGUUGAUCGGUUACUUGCAGACAGAUUGGCCAUCGCUGGCUUGCCCCAGUAGCAACGGCACCCGGCUUUGGUCUGAAGAGUGGGAAAAACAUGGCACUUGCUCACAGUCUAACCUUCCUCAAUACAAUUACUUUUUGCAAGGUUUAUCACUCAUAAAUAGCUUGGAAGACAUCAUCUUAUUGCUUCAAGCUGAAGGAAUCCAAGCAGAUGGGAAAGUUUAUAACUCAAACAGCAUAAUAGAUCUUCUGAAAUUAGCAUAUGGUGAACGCAGUGUAGGGAUUGAAUGCAAUCGAGAUGCAUCUGGGAAUAGCCAGUUUUACCAGGUUUAUGUUUGUAUAGAACCUUCUGGUUAUAGGGUCAUCGACUGUCCCGUGCUACCCGACUCAAAAUGUGCCGAUUCCGUUGUGUUUCCUUCCUUCUAA